CUCAGUCAGUGUAUUAGUAGCAUUGGUGUAGGUACAACGUAUGGCGGGCGUUGUGUGUCACUGAACUGGAUGUGUGCGUGUGGUGUUGGAAUCACUUUACCCGAAUCUUAGAUCCGAAAUGGGGGAUAAAGAAGGCAUUACGGAAGUAGAUCCCCACAUCAGCAAGAAAUACGAAAUAAGGCGCCGAAUCGGGAAAGGGGCCUACGGGAUCGUAUGGAAGGCGAUCGACCGCCGAUCGGGGGACAUCGUGGCCGUCAAGAAGAUCUUCGACGCCUUUAGGAACGAGACGGACGCCCAGCGAACCUUCAGAGAGAUCGUCUUCCUGCUGGAGUUCUCGUCUCACCCGAACGUCAUCCGGUUACUGAAUGUCCUCAAGGCUGACAACAAUAAGGACAUCUACUUGGUCUUUCAGUUUAUGGAAACUGACCUUCACAAUGUGAUCAAGAAAGGCAAUGUCCUGGAAGACAUCCACAGGCGAUACAUCAUGUACCAACUAUUCCGAGCCACUCGGUACCUGCACUCUGGGUCUGUGAUUCACAGGGACUUGAAGCCAUCAAACAUUUUAAUAGACAGUGACUGCAGAGUAAAAGUCGCCGACUUUGGCUUGGCACGUUCAGUUGAACCCUGUGCAAGAGUGGAACCUCAGGGUGACCCUACUUUAACAAAUUAUGUUGCCACCAGAUGGUAUCGAGCACCUGAAAUCCUCCUAAAUUCUAAAAGGUAUACACUAGGAGUUGAUAUGUGGAGUCUCGGGUGCAUUUUAGGCGAAAUGCUACUGGGCAAGCCAAUGUUUCCAGGCUCCUCAACAUUAGACCAGAUUGAAAGGAUAAUGGCUGUCAUAACACCUCCAUCCAGAGAAGAUAUGCAUCAAAUAUCUUCUCAGUAUGCUUCAUCUCUCUUGAAUAAACCUCAUGGAGAAAGAACAAGCAAACCUCUAAAAGACAUACUUGCUGGUGCCCCAAGUGAUGCCAUUGAUUUAGUCGAGAAAUUAUUGGUAUUCAGUCCAGAUAAAAGGCUGACGGCAGAGCAGGCUCUGAAACAUCCAUUUGUUGCUAGAUUCCACAAUACAGCGAAUGAGCCAUGUCUGGAUCAUGCUGUAGUUCCCUGUAUACGUGAUGAUGUGCAGCUCAGUGUUGAUAUCUACCGUAACAAAUUGUACGAACUCAUUGCAUCUCGAAAGUGCCGUUUAAAAACGUCUAGCAGCGAGCGUAGCAUUAGUGUAAAUAGUUCCAGAGUGAAUAACAACACCAAAGAUCUCAACAGUUCACAGUCUAAGCGUAAUACUCAGAAUGCUCCUAGUUCUAAUAAUAAAACUUUAUCCCAAAAUAAAUCAAAUAGUCCUUUAAAUGGAACACAGAGUCUACAGUCCAAUCAGCCUAUAAAAGUUAAAGUGGUAGCGCGUAAGCUAGAAAGACAAUCAGUUCCGAAUGUAGAGGAGUAUGCUCGUCAGUCAUCAAAAGAUAGUGAUAAGUCUUCUGCCAAGUCAUCAGCCAAAUCCUCCAGCAGCUCUAGUCCAGCCAGCAAUGGUCGUCGCAAAUCAGUUUCGCCUGUGAUCACUAAACCUGCACAACUGACUCCAGAGAAAAGACGUGAUAAAGUUCAUCCUGCAGAAACAAGUUCUGGUCCUUCCCAGAGACAUCGCAGUUUAGAUGGAUUAACUGGGGUACCUGUGGCACGGUCUGGGGGGGUGACUGUUACUUUGGGAGGGACUGGAGAAGGGUUAGUGGGUUUAGGUGACAAGCGAGGACCAUUUACUCGCUCGGUCUCCCUGACCUUCCCUGCUGCUAAUGAAGUCUCCCCCUCAAAAGUUAUUACCAGCUAUAAUAAGCAAUCAUGCUUACAGAAAAUUAGUCCUUCAAAGAAAUCACCUCCAACUUUGUCACCUAUCAGUGGAUACUCCAACACCGGCAAAGAUCCAGGUACGAAGUCUUCUCCAGCAAAAUAUGCAAGUUCCAGUUACAAUACUAAACCAUCUCAUCCACUUUUUGCUACAUACCCUCAGCAUUCAACAAUAUCUUCAUCUGCAUACAGGGAGCUUCGACAAGGAGUUAAGUAAGUCAUGGUUCAUUGAAAGAAUGAGGUAAUUGUCAAAGGGUUCUUGUUCAAAAAUCUCAAGAAGCCUUAUCCAGUAUAUGACAGCUUCACUUUAAUACACAUAUAUUUGUGUAAGGAAAUUCAAUUAGUUUUUUGUUUAGUUUUGUAUAACAAACUGUUUCAAAAAGACAUUUGACUACUUUAUUAGAAUUCUUGUAUAUAAUCAGAUGACAAAAGUACUUUUGUCAUUGCUGAAGUCUGAACGUUAAUGUAGAGAACUCAACAUUUGGUGUGCCAUAAAGGAUUUUUUUCUUAUCAAGUUUAGAUUUUAGUUACUACUGUGUCCAGUAUUGGUCAGCCUAUGUGCAUUUAGUAGUUGUACGCCAAAUAAAAAAAAAUGCAUUUCAAACAAUAUUGUAUAAGGUAGUCUGACAAAGCUCUGGCAUUUCCUUCAACAUUUAUUAUGGCAGACUGGAAUUACUAGAGUGCAACUACUUAAAAAAUGUAGUCGGCCCUCAACACGAGGGGAUUUUGACCCCAGGACCCCCUACCUAAACUUUAAGUACUGAUGUAACCUUCAUGACCCUAACUACAUCCAUAUCACUAAAUGUGUCACCAGCAAUUACGUGACAUUUUCUUUUGUUGAAGACUUUGACAGAUGCUUUCAUUUAUCUACUAUAUUAAUGACGUGAAAAGAAAUAGUAAACAUAAAUGCAGUAUGGAGUACAGUACUGCAGAAAUAUAAAUUCAUUUAUUCUGUUUUAUACAAAUUGCUUUCAUUUAUGUAUGCACAAUUAUGCUUAAUAUAGAGUACUAUUAGUAAAUUGAGUAGCCGAUAUUCAUUCUGUCUCUCUCUCUCCCCCAAUUAUUGAGUAAAUCUGAAAAUCGCUGCAUUAUUACAGAAAUUCAGUGCAGUGUUGGAUGUGUAACAUUCAAAUUUUCUGUGGGACUUUUUCUUUUCUUUCUUCCUUUUUACUGUUUUCUAAAACUUCAAAUUUACAUAAGAGUACUAUUGUGUAUAGGUUGAGGGCCGACUGUAUAGCAUCAUUCCCCAAUUACUGAGGAGGUUCAGUUUGUCUUAUAUUACCACUUAAUUAUACUGUAUGUUUGGAGAAAAUAUGAGCUUUUGUAAUUUUUUUCUAUAAUUUGUUUGGCUUUUGUGGUUACCAUAUUACAUUAGAACAUUCAUGAGCACUUUACACAUAUAAUAAAAAUGUGACUGUUCUUUUGUGUAAUGACAUGCUAUAUUGGAUGUAAAUAAAUUUUUUUUACACCAGGUUCAUUCUUCAGACUAGUUUAGCUUUAAUGUCUUGUCUCUAACCAUUAAUUUCUUGUGCACUAGCAUAUGUCAUUUACAGUGUGAAUAUGGCAUCAAGAGAGGAUUCUCAAGUGUUUUUGAAGUUCAUUAUGUUGGAAGAUAAUUUUAAAAUGUAUAUGAAAAUUAAUUUAAGAGGUGGCCAAAAUUUCUUUUGAAUGGAAAAUUAUGGACAAUUGCAGGAAAGAGAACAGAUACAAAAAUACUUUUUCAUUCGAAUCAGUAUAAAGGAACAAAUGCUGUUUGGAUUUUGGUUACUUUAUAUAAUAUUCAUUUAAUGUGCACUGCAAAAUUAGUACUUUCGGGUAUAUAUUGAUACUGUGACCAACUACUCACAGUAAUUCAGAAAUUUACUGUUAGAAUUAAGUACAUUGGUACCAAAACCAUAUGGCUGUUGUAUUAUGCUUAUUUUGAUACAACUAACUACAGUCAUCAGAGUUUAUGUAUUUAGUGUCAUCACAUAAUGUAGAAAUUAUUUAAAUUACCAAGCAGAUACAGUAUGGUAGCAAAAAAUAGUCAAAAUUUUAUACAAAAUAUUUGUGGUUUACUAAAAAUAUGUAUAUUGUAAUGUACUGACUAGAGCUUAGUGGCCAUGAAGACUGAAACUGCUCUUGGUUAUAGUUCAGCAAUAUUAGUGUAAAGUGAUUAAUAAAUUGUAACUCAUGUUGGAAAACAUGACUACAGUAAUCCAGUACCUCCUGUCCUUAAUUAUUUGUAAAUUCAAGAGCUUCAUUGUGUACGAAAACUGUAAAUACAAUUAGUUUUUCACUACAAGUCACAUGUUGAAACCCAUCACCUUUAACCUUAAAAACUUUUUAAUUAUUAUGAUGUAGUUCAGCAAGGCCACUGAGUCAGAUUUGCUUUUACACGGGUGAAAUUGAACCAAGGUAGAGUUAACUUAGUAAGAUGGAAAGUACCAAGUAACCAUAGGGCACUAUAGUUCAGGUAAGGGUUGAAGAGAUGCUGCAAAACACUUAAAAUUAUUCCGCUACAUGCAACCAGUAACCUGUCAAGGGCUUUGGUAGCCAAGGAAAUGGUAUUGCUUUUAGUAUUUUGUUUUGGAAUAUUAUUUUUUUCAUGAUGCUUACAGCAGAUAACUGCCAGUUUUACUGUUUUUUUUUUUUUUAGAGGUUUCUAAAAACAGAAGCAUUAAAUAGGAACAAGGACAUUUCCAGUAGGUUGCUGCAUUUUUGUGCUAAAUGUGCUGGAAUUAGCAUAACAAAUAGAAAUUAUAUACUAGUUUCUGUUAAGUUAUUAAAGUAUCCCAUUUUGAAAAAAAAAAAAAAAAAAAAGUGCAGAUCCUAUAAUCCUGUAAACCACUCUUCAGGUAGUUUAGUUUUGACCUUGGUGCUCUGAUUAAAACAAUAAAUACUGAUACUUAAGCAGGUGAAAAUCCAAAAUCCAUUCUCUUCGAAUGGGAUGAGAAAUUUUUUAAAUGGCAACCUUCUAAUCUUUACCUUCAGUAAAUGAUUCAAGUUCUACAAACAAAUUAUUUUAAUAAAAUUAAACCCAUUGGGUCAGCCCUAUGAAAGUCGAGCAUUUUAGCCCAGUGGUCUGGUUAACAUCUGUAGUAGUAAUAACAAAAUGGGUAGUUGAAAAUUGUUUCUCUUUUUCUCAAAGUUUUAGGUUAAAUAAAUUACUGCAUGUGAUGCAAAUGCAUUAUGUAUCGGUAUUUGCUCAGUAAGCUCACUUUCUCUCCUACAUACAGUAUGCAUGCUUUUUUUUUUUUCUUAGAAUACACUGUGGAAACUGUUUAAGAUUAAUUUGAUUGUAAUUCUUUUGCUCUUAUCAUCUAAUUAAAGGGAACAGAAGAAUUUAAAAUGUCUCAAUGAAAAAUGUUUGAAAGUGGUUAAGUAGAAGUAAUUCAGUGUGUUUGUGUUAUCUAAGUGUUCACAACAAAAGAAAGUGCUUGUUCACACACAAGAUAGACAACUGGAAAUAACGUGAUAAUUCAUAAUUUAAUGCAAUUAUUAAUUCCUUUACCAACAAUCUUUUGCACAAUCCAUCUUUGUCAUUUUUCUUAGACGUCCACAUAAUUUGAGCUGCAAACGUUCCUAGUGUUUAUGAGCAGGGUUCAAUUCCUGUUUUUUGGUGGUGACAUUGUAGAUGUUGGUAGUGUACAUGACAGAUAAAAGAUUAACCCUUGUAUCUGAGAAUUAGAUUCAGGGAUGCUGCAUAUAUAUCUUUUGAGGCCAUUAGUGUUGCUCAAAGACCACUAUAUUGUGCCUCUGUGUUACUGUAAAGUAGGAAGCCAGACUUUUCAGCUUAAACUUGUUUAAACUCAUCUGGCUAAACUACUGAACGAUAAUGAUGUAAUAAUGUAGUUGGGAAUGAAGUGGUAGUUUAAUGUAAUAUGUACAUAUGCCACUCCUUGUUUGUAGUAUUUUGUAGAUACCUUAAGAUACAUUCACCCAGUUUAACUGAACAUCAGUAACAAUCAAUAGUUUGUGUACAAAGUACCAUAGGUAUGAUAUAUAAAUCUAUAUAUAUUUGCACUGCAGUAUCAUGAUAGUAAUUUUUAUAUCCAUUUAAUUCUUAGGGAAUGCUUGUGUAUAUUACCUAAUUUUCUUUUUAAUUUUUGUCAUUAGGAAAUGUAUUCUACCAAAUUUGCAUUUCGUAAUUAGCACUCAAGAGAUUUUAGUUUAUUACCACUAUGAGAAUCAAGAAAAUAUGUGGGCCAAGGCAGAAAUAACUGGGUUUGCUGUUUACCAUGUAAUUAACAAUUUUAAUCUUUUAUUUGAGUACUACUACAACAGGAUGAUAAUUUUGGAAAAAAUCAUGAACUUGUACUUUAGUAUCUAGGAGAUACAAUGAAAAGAAUUGCAAAGAAAAUUAGAAACACUCAAACCCUGGUUAAGUGAACCAUUUUCCUCAAGACAAUGUGUUUUAAAAACCCAGGAAGGUAGCAUAUUUUGAUUGUGUAAUCCAUGGCAGUUCAUGAUAUUUUUAAAUUUUGAAAUAAUGCUUAACAUGCAUAGCAGUUACCCUUUGGGUGUAGGGCCAAGGACUCCAAAUGACAGUGAUAUACUGAAGCCUAUGAAAUUAGAAACAAAUGUAUUGCAGUUUAUUUAGGUAGCUAUUUAAUUAAGUAGCCAGGUUAACCUACAUGAAUUUGGAUAAUAAACUAUUCCUGCCUCCUUGCUUCUUAUAACAAAGGAUAAUAGCCGUAUGAGACAUUUUGAUAUUCAAAAAUCUACUGAACACAUGUGCUACACACAAUUCGUCUUAUGAAAUAGGAAAUGAGAAAAGUUUGCAUGUAGUUUAGUAAUAUUUUGGCAAGUACAUUGCAUUAAUUUUAUGGAUGUAGUUUUCUUUUUAAGAUGUAAAAACAAAUAUCCUCCUUAUACAUUCCAAUUAUUUUGUGUUUUUGAGCCUGCACAUGAGCAUUUGAUUUUAUGAAACAAAAGAAAUUUGAGUCUUAGGUGACAUUUCAUUUUAUAAAAUUCACUGUUUCCUGUUAAAGCAGAGUUGCAUUUAAUAAAUUUACAUAUUCAAUUCUGAAUGCAUUUAAAUAAGUGUAGUAAAAGGCAGACUACUAAAUAUAGUAUGUAAUUAAUGCUUAAAUGUUCUGGUUAAAUUACUCUUAGGCAUUUAUAUAUAAGGAUGUUACAUCAACAUGGAACACAAUCUUUAGUCUUAUCAACAAUAAUUCAGGAAAAUGAACACAUUUUUGCUGAACAACCAAAAUAUAGCCCGAGAAAUUACUAAAAACUUAGAGCCACUUCAAGUUUACAAGAAAUACCAAUUGCCAUUUUCCAAAUUAAUUCAGUGCCUUGCUUUAUACAGCCUUGUAUGGAUACUACAGAUGUUCAGGAUUUACAUGAAUGUUUUGAUACUCAUCUGUGAUCCUAAUUUGCAGGCUACAAAUCUUAAUUAUUGAUACAUGCCUUGAAUUGCCACUACGCCUUCACCAUCUUGUAUAUUGAAUGAUAUGUGCCUUGUGAAAAUCAGUGUUCAUUAUACAGCGGUCAAGUGAGUCUUUUUAGUUGCUCAAGACCACCUGGUUUAUACUAUGGUGUAAUAAGUAUCCUCUGUUUAAAAAAAAUGUAAUUUAUUAUAUUGCAUUUGGAUACUAAAUUUUAAAUAAUUUAAAACUGUACUGGCUAAGUUUAUUGUAUUAAAAGGUAAAAAAAUACCUGGUCAUGUGAGGUGCAGUAUGAUAGUCUUUCAUGUAGACAUUAAGGUUCUUUUAUGUAUUAAGUACAGCAAUUUUUGUGCCAUAAGUACAGUAAAAGCUGUGGCAUUUUGUUUUUACUUUAGUACUGGAAACUGUGAUAUUUCAUUACAAGUAAAUUAUUAAAUUACCCCCAAAAACAAUGUUCAUCCUUUUCAAUGCACUGUCACUUACAGUGAAGUCAUAAUUAAACUUGGGCAUAUUCUGUGCAAUGGUUCUGAUCUCAUGCUUAAACUAACAAUUAUUUAGUCAUGUAUAAUUGGUGUGAAUUUGUCACGAAAUGUUUACGCACUUUAGAGUAUCAGUAUUUAUAUGAUCUCAUUAAGGUUUCAAGUGUGAUCCACCCAAGACAUAUCCUUAAAUAAAAUAUAAUAAAAAUUCAGAA